GAAGAAGAAGAAAAGGAGGAAGCGGCAAAAUUUGACCGAUUUAACCUUCACCUACGAUAGAACUGAAACUUUCUCCACUUUCGGUGUCAGACCAGGAAUAAAUCAUGCCUCCUGCCCGACUGAGCCGAUCCAGGCUGAAGAAGGUGAUGAUGUUACACUUCAGUGUCAUGUGGAUCACUCCGUCAACCUGACCAAAUACACACUGGAUUUUACCAGAGCUGACCUCAGCAAAAAGAUCGUCCACGCAUAUCGACAUGGAAAGGACGAUCCCGACCCACAGAUGAGUGAGUACAGAGGCAGGACGACUCUGAUCCAUGCAGACCUGAGCAGAGGAAACAUGACUCUCCUCAUCUCCUCAGUACAGAUGUCUGACACUGGACAGUACAGAUGUUUUGUCCUAGACCUGGCAGCCAGCUGUACCAUCGUCCUUAAUGUUGUGAAAAAAGACAAAGACAACAGGAGAGAGCCCAGUGACUUCACAACAAUGACACCUCUAGACUUGAAAGAAAAUCCUGGAGCUGAAGAGGAGAAGAGGGUUGGUGCCAUUGUUGGUGGUGUUCUUGGUGUUGUUGCUCUUGUUAUCCUCAUUAUUAUCGGAGUCCUGGUGAAACUUGGAAUAAUCCAGAAAACACGUGGAGCUAGAAACCAGGGACGAGUGCUGGGAGACGUGUUGUGAUGGUCGAUGGUCGGACGGCUGCUGGAGAGAGAACGACCAAAAACCUCUCUGGUUUCACCAGCUUUAACAGUUCUGCCAAAGUUUUAACUCAACAAACAGUUAAACCUCCCUUCAGGGACUAGGCCAAGUAUUUACACACCUCAAACACACCAGCAACACUGAUUUAAUCUGGUUACUUUCAUUGAUCUCCUGAGCCAGUCAACAACGAGCCCUGGACAAAAUCUACAGGAUACAGGUCAGCUGACAGGUGAAUAAAAUAGGAACAAAACCUGUGACAUCAGUGAUCAGUGAUCAAUAAUACCAGUCAAACCUCUUGCCCCUUCUCACCCAGGUAGAGCAGGGCGUUCACCAACCAGGUGGUCAGUGGUUCAAUCCCAGGCUCCUCCAGUCCAAGUGGACAAGUGACUGAACCUUAUACUGUCCCCGAUGUAUCAUCGGUUUAUAGAUACAAUAAGUACUGUAUGAAUGAGUGAACGAGUGAAUGUGAUGUGUAAAGUCAAUAUAGAAAUACAGUCCAUUUAUCUUUUUCAUUCAGUUUUUCCAUUUUAUGCUAGUUUACAUUUCCACUCCAUUUUAUUUAUUUGGAAACAGACCAGAUGAAUAAUGUUGUUAUCUCUCAGAGAAGUUGGUGCUUAAACGGCUAUGCAAGAGCUAAAUGAGGCGUAGCAUGUUUUGUCUGUGAUGUGAUGAUCAAACUGCCAAUAGUUUGGUUUAUAAUCAGGUACAGGAGCUACUUGUAAAACUCACUACAUUCCCAUCAACAUCAUCAAUUUAACAUUUGAAUGGUGAGCAAAAAUUAACUAUGGUUUAAUAAAUGUUUUUAUUUAUUUUACCAGUACUGCCAUUGUUGUUGUUGUUUGUUAUUAUUACUGUAUUUAGAGUCACUUCCUCAGAAUGUAAUUCUCUUCUGUAUACAGAUAGUUUGGUUUUAUUUAUUCAGAGUUUGACAGAUGAGUCUGAAAUUUAUCUCCACAACAUAAUGAUUAAUAGAAUUUAAUUUGCACUGACAGCAUCUGGUGGGUCAUCUAAAUCAGUGAAUGACUAGAGAUUAUAUGACAUUUAUCAUUAAUAUUACUGAAACCUGCCACAGUAAAGUUAAGAGUGUUUCCCUGUAAAUUCCCAAAAGAAACAGUUUUAACUUCAUCAUACACUGUUUGGCUCUUUAAUAUGACUUUUUUUUUUUACUGUAGAUUCCUAUAGAUAAAAGUAAAAUAUUAAGCUUUUUAUAAAGCUCUCAUCGUUUAUUUUUAAUGUCAUCAGUUACACAAAAGUACUUUAAAUGGAAGGGUUUACAUACUCAAAAAUAAUCAAAGUAUCAAUGUGUAAACUGUACUUCAGUGUUUGUUGGAGCCAUUUUAACUGUGGGUGCUUUAACUCUUAAUAACACAUAAUAUUGUAAUAACUGGUGAUGUGUUUUGAAUGUAAUCUGGAAAAUAAAUAGUAAUUUAAGAUGUUUAAUAAACGUAAUGAAGUAAAGAGUAAAG